UGGAAAAAAAUUCGAAAAAUUAUUUUUAAAAUAAAUUUGACAAUUUAAAUAUAUUUUAAAUAUAAUAAAAUAACUUAUUAAAUUAGCGUUAUAAUCAAAAAAAUAACAACAACACCGGUAACUUAAUUCGGUCAUAAUUUUGAUCAACAUAAAUAUGUAUGAUUGCUAAAUUUCGAAUGACGUAGUGUUUGUUAAGAAUUUUUUCUCUCUAAAUGGAAAUCAAUUUACAUACAAUUUGUUCUUAUACAUUUUAAGCAUUAGUAUUUUGUAACAAAGAUUUUGUUUGGCUAAACAAAACAAAAAUAUAACCUUAACAAACGACAGAUAAAAAAAAACGAAAAAAAGUUGAACUUUUCCACUGCGAAAAUUUUAUUUUUAGCCCAUUAUACGUCAGAUUAGCAGCAGCAGAAAUCGUUUGUUUUCUUAAGGGGUGGACACCGGGUUAUAUACAGUAAUCUUCUAUUCUAGAUACAUAUUUAUGGCAGUAAUUGUUUUGUCGCAUCUGUUGGUUUUGUCUCCAUAGUUCAAGCAAAUUCUUUAAAGACAUGUUGCCGAGAGGGGUAGAAUUUGUGAAAAUUUUACAUUCAAAACAACGUAUCAUAAGUCAGCGGGCUGUGAGUCAAUUUAAAAAUCAACUAUUUGUACCGACUUGCCGGCAAAUUCUUAAGAAUAAUGUCGGUGAAAAUAUUAACAAAAAUGUGCUUAUUAUGCAGAGGCUUUAUACGACUAAGGAUAAGAUCAUUGCUUCCCCACCCAUACAAUCAUCUUCAUCGACCGUAAGAAGCGAUAUACCAACCACCCAAACGAAAACAACCAAAAAAACUGCAACAGAACCAAAAAAAUCUGUAAAAGAAAAUGGUAAUGACGCCUUAGAAGAAACAACCACCAAAGCUGAGGGUGUGAAAAAAACGAAAAAAUUUGAAGUUGAAACUUCGAAGGGCAUCCUAUCGAUAACCACAACAAUUGAGGAUUCUAAAAUCAAUGAUAUUGUAUUUGAAAAGACUAAAGGCGGUGCGAAAAAGGCAGCAGCAGCUGUCAAGAGUGCAGCAAAAGCUUCCGCCACGGAGAAAAGUAUCAGUAAGCCCACACUGGAAGCUGCAAAAGUAACGACAACAAAACUGGAUAAUGCCUUAAAUGAUGUAGUUAAACAGGCAGCAGCAGCCCAAAAUGAAGCUGCCACAAAAACUGUGAUCCUAGAUAUGGCAGCCACACCAACGGUGGCUAAUAUAACGGCUGUGGUAGCAGAUCCCGUGCCGGAAGUUAAACCAAAACCAAAACGUGUCAAAGUUGAUUUAAAUCGUUCUUCAUUGGAACGUAAUUUUAUUACACCAGCCCGGGCCAUGAGUGAUUUUCUACUUAAAGCUUCCGAUUUGGAAACGUUACCAAAAAUUAAACGUCGUUCACCCUACGAACAGGAACCACCCAUAACUGUGUACUGGCGCAAAGAUGUAGAGGCUAAAGCAAUCAAUAUUUGGGGUUCAAAAGAGAAUCUCAUUAAGGAGUGUUUAAAGCGUGAAAUUGAACGCAAAACACAUCAACAAAAUAUUUUUACCGUUAAAAGAAGACUGCGUGAUUACCGAAGAGAAAUUGGCUCUAGAGCUGCUGCCUAUGAUGAUGAGCCCGGCUUAAGAGGCAAAUCUGGCAAAGUUGUUUUAAUAGCCAUAGCAAUCAAUGGUUUAAAUUUCUUAUUUAAGGUGGGUGGUUGGCUCUUUUCGGGUUCACAUAGCAUGUUCGCCGAGUCUAUACACUCUUUGGCUGAUACUAUAAAUCAAUGUAUUUUAGCCUAUGGCAUCCAUAAAUCCACACAAAUGGCUGAUUCAGAUCAUCCUUAUGGUUAUACGAAUAUGAAAUACGUUUCUUCUUUAAUUUCGGGUGUUGGCAUCUUUUGUGUGGGUACUGGUUUGUCUUUCUAUCAUGGUAUUACCGGUCUAAUGCAUCCUGAACCUAUGGAAAAUUUCUUUUGGGCCUUUUUCAUUUUGGGUGGUUCUUUAGUGUCUGAGGGGGCUACCCUCUUAGUGGCUGUGAAUGAAGUUAGAAGAUCGGCAAAAUUAAAAGGAAUAUCCUUUAAAGAUUAUGUGGUACAGGGUAAAGAUCCCUGUGUAAAUGUGGUUUUGACUGAGGAUGCGGCUGCUGUUACCAGUGUAGCUGUGGCGGCUGCUUGUAUGGGUUUAUCCACUGUUACUGGUUCGCCUAUCUAUGAUGCUGUGGGUUCUCUUUUAGUAGGCAGUAUUCUAGGAGCAGUAGCUUCAUUUAUUAUCUAUACAAAUGUGGCUGCUUUAGUGGGACAAUCUAUACCCAGAGAACAAUUGGAUCGUAUUAAUUCUGAACUAGAAAGUGAUGUUAUGAUAAGAGCUAUACAUGAUGUUAAAGGCAUUGAUAUAGGCAAUUCAUUGGUGCGCUAUAAGGCCGAAAUGGAUUUUGAUGGUCGUGAAUUGGCACGCUCGUAUUUGGAUAAACAAGAUUUAAACGAACUAUUAAAGAUAGUGAAAUCAUUCCAAAAUACUGAUGAAUUGGAACAAUUUCUAUUAAAUCAUGGUGAAAAUAUUGUUGAUUUAAUGGGUGGUGAAAUUGAUCGCAUUGAAAUGAAACUUAGGAAAAAAUUCCCUGAAAUACGCCACUGUGAUUUGGAAAUCCUCUAAGUUAUUUUCAUAUUCUAAAUUCCAAUUGGUCGAACUUUCCUUUUGUUUAAGAAACGUUGUUGUUUUCUAUUGCUUUAAGCUUAGAGUUAUUGAUGCUAAUUUUUCGCGUUUUUUUUAUAUAUAGUAAAAAGUUUUUAAAGAAUUUUCUUUUGAAAUUAACGUGUUUUUUAUUUAUUUAUUUGAAAAUUUGAAUUUCUUUUUGUAUUAAUAAUACUCUUACCAUUUUUUAUAGAAAAACAAAGUUAUUAAAAUGUUUGUAUUGUAUUUCUGUAAAUAGAUGACUGUUCUCAAAAA